GAGAGAAAGAGAGGGACAGAGAGAGAGAGAGAGAGAGAGUGUUAAGGCAAAGCCAGCGUCAAUCCCCCGCGUGGUGUUGCUGGACAUACUAAUAUCCGUAACCACUGCAGCAACAACACACAUCAUUCCCAAAAAACACUCGCCUUUGCCGUUGGACCGCACUGCUUCCCACCUUGGAGUUACGUGUUUCUACAACCUCUCUUCUCCUGCAGAAGGAAGGCUUCAUCAGCAUUCACGGGAGCAGCGGAGGAGUUUUAUUCGGGAACGACAAGACGACAAUAAAAUGAUCCCAAGGUGAGCUGGCCUGCUGCUGUCGUCAUCCGCCGAGCCAUGCUGAGAAGCAAACUACCGGAAAAGAACCGCAAAAUGUUAACUGCUCACUUCAACCUGUUGUUCUUCACCGUCUUUCUCCUCUUGCCGCUGGUUCCGAGCCAGCAGGCCCCCUCCAACUGUGUCAUCAAGAGGGAAGAGGAUAAAUGCUUAGAAAUGAUGGCCUUGGAUGAGGCUGGAAAUGAUCCAGAAGUUGGGUGUCCGUGGAUGUGGGACAACCUGACGUGUUGGCAACCUGCCAGGAUUGGUGACGUGGUCGAGGUCAACUGUCCUGAACUCUUCUCCCAGUUCAUGAGUGAGGAAGACUUUGAGCUGGGGAAGGUCAGUCGUAACUGCACUGAGUUUGGCUGGUCAGAGACGUUCCCUCACUACGUCGACGCUUGUUUAUACGAAGGAAACAGCAGUCAUCCGGACAUGUACUAUCUGUCAGUGAAGGCGUUGUAUACUGUUGGCUACAGCACAUCUUUGGUGUCCCUCACCACAGCCAUGGUCAUCCUGUGCAGGUUCAGGAAGCUGCACUGUACGAGGAAUUUCAUCCACAUGAAUCUAUUUGUGUCGUUCAUCUUGAGAGCUAUUUCCGUCUUCAUCAAAGACGGCGUGUUGUACGCCAAGGAGGACAGCGAGCACUGCUUCAUACACACUCUGGAAUGUCGGGCAGUGAUGGUGUUCUUCCAUUACUGCGUCCUGUCGAACUACUUCUGGCUGUUCAUCGAGGGUCUUUAUCUCUUCACCUUACUGGUGGAGACGUUCUUUCCAGAAAGGAGAUACUUCUAUUGGUACAUCAUCAUUGGCUGGGGAACCCCCACCCUGUGUGUAACCAUCUGGGCAGUGCUGAGGCUGCAUUUUGAUGAUAUCGGCUGCUGGGACAUGAAUGACAAUGCUGUCAUCUGGUGGGUGAUCAAGGGACCCGUGCUGGCUUCGAUUAUGAUCAACUUUGUCCUCUUUGUCGGGAUCAUCAUCAUCCUUGUUCAGAAACUGCAGUCCCCGGAUAUCGGAGGAAAUGAGUCCAGUAUUUACUUGAGGCUGGCACGUUCCACUCUGCUGCUAAUUCCUCUCUUUGGGAUCCACUACACCGUGUUUGCGUUCUCCCCCGAGAACGUCAGCAAGAGAGAGCGGCUGGUGUUUGAGCUCGGCCUGGGAUCCUUCCAGGGCUUUGUGGUGGCUGUCCUCUACUGCUUUCUCAAUGGAGAGUAUCUCCCUCAAGGUGCAGUCGGAGAUCAAGAGGAAAUGGCGCAGCUGGACGGUGAACAGGUACUUUGCUGUGGACCUGAAGCACCGACACCCUUCGCUUGCGAGCAGUGGAGUGAACGGGGGGACACAGCUGUCCAUCCUGAGCAAGAGCAGCUCCCAGAUCCGCAUGUCCAGCCUGCAGGCCGAGAGUCCAGCCACUUGAGCGGCCCCGCUGGUGACGCCGCGACCGGCGUCGAUGUUGCCUCUGGAUCUGACGUCAACAAACCUACGACACCCACCCUUCUCCCGAUGACCAGCUUCCGCAAUCCCUAUCCGGACCCCAACCCUGACGAAAGUAUCAUAGAAACCACACUUACAACCCAACAGGCUUCAAGGUGAAUCAUAAUCCAACCACGAGUUAUCUGGGUGAGGAUUUUGAGAAUGCCAAACAGGUUUGGCACAGUUCUUGAUUGAGGAGUUGAAUGUGUACAAACCAUCUAAUUGGUGUUUGCAAACUGAGAUGGUUCCACGACUGUAGCCAAAUAGCUCAGUAAGCCCGGUGUCAAACAGACAAUGGCUGCCAAAUUUCCCAAAUGUAAUUUACCAUGAUGACACAUCUACUCCAGUUUGAUGUUUUCCCGAAUGCCAAUAAAAAUGGCUUCAUUUAAGACAAGACAUUAUGAUAAACAGUUGGGAAAAUAAUAUAUGAUCCCCUGCUGGUUUUGUAAGUUUACCCCCUUGAAAGAUACGGGCAGUCCAUCAUUUUUAUGGUAGCUUUAAUGUAACUGAAAAAUUGGUCACUAAAGGUUAUAAAUUAAUUUGUAUUUGAUUGUUAUUGGAAAAACGGUGGCCUAGUGUUUAGCGUGUUGGCCACACCUUCAGGAGAUCGUGAAGACCUGGGUGCGAAUCUCUGUUGGGCUUCUCUGUGUGGAGUUUGCAUGUUCUCCCUGUGUGUGCUUGGGUUUUCUCCGGGUACUCCGGUUUCCUCCCACAUUCCAAAAAAAACAUGCAUGUUAGGUUAAUUGGGGACUCUAAAUUGUCCAUAGGUAUGAAUGCGAGUGUGAAUGAUUGUUUAUAUGUGCCCUGCAAUUGGCUGGCGACCAGUCCAGUCCGCCUCUUGCUGGGAUAGGUCCCAGCAUACCCACAACCCGAGUGAGGAUAAGCAGCAUAGAAGAUGGAUGGAUAAAAAAAUUUGUCACUAAAGGUUCUAAAUUGAUUUGUAUUUGAUUGUAUUUGAUUGAGCGAAAGAAGAAUUUGAUCCCUAACCACACAGGCCUGAUAAGUGUUUGUGAUAUGUGUUUCUCCGACCAAAACCCUUCCUGAGACCAACUACGAGAAACAUCUGACCUCUGCACUUGCCAACACAGGUUCCUCCACCAAGUAUUAAGCCACGUCUUGUAUUGGGUUGAAAUUCCUAUUUAACUCAAUCAAAUACAAAUGAAUUUAUAACCUUUACUUCAUGUUUUUUCUGGGUGUUUGUCUAUAUUCUCGCUCUAUCUCUGUUCAAAUAAAGCUAGCAUAAAAAUAUAGACUAUAAAACUUUACAAAAUCCUAAGGGGGGGUCAUAUAAUUGUCUACUAGAAAGCCAGCACUGGAGGUAUAUUCAGUGGUGUGUGUCCCCUUAAGAGUGAGGAUAAAGCCGGCACACUAAUGUACAGUAAAUGUUCUGUUGGCUCAGGUUGUCUCAGGUGCCUGUAUCAGAGCUGAAAAUCCUUUGUCGCUGCUGGCACAAAUCGUAACUGAUCCCGACUAACAUGAGGGUUGACGCUUCACAAGAUGAUGGGCGUGGGAACAAAAUAAAAUAAAAAAAAAUUCAAGGACAUUUUUGCUACGGUUGUGGGAAAUACCAAAAAAACAAAGACAACAAAGGAGUGACUCAUAACGAAGCACAUUAAGAUCCCGGAGUGACCCAGCCAGUCUCCGGACCUUAAACCCAUAGAAAACCUGUGGACGCAGCUGAAACUUUCUGUUGCCUCAAACCCUUCGGGAUUCAGGAGUUUUUGUAAAGAGCAGUGGACCAAAACCCCUCCUGAGAUGUGUGCAACACUGGUGACCAACUACUACAAAGACAGGCAUCAGAGCCACCCAAGGAA